AUGGACGCCCAGUAUCCGUUUGCCACCCGAGAUGACUUAUGGCGAGUGUUCAACGAGCUGAAAGGACUGCAUGUUCGUCAAUUUGAACAAAGCGAGCGGAUUGCUAGGCUUGAAAGAGACCGCGAAGAGCAUACUCGGCUAAAAAAUGUCUGGGCUUCUUCUCUAUCGCCCCUCCACUCGGCUGCGAGCGGCCCCAUAUCCUCAGUUUCUUCUUUCAAUCCUCAAGCGGAACCAUUCAAAGGCUUCGAGCAGGGACCCUCGGCUGCAGUGAAUGCCGUAAUGUCCGGUGUCGAUGUGGAAUAUGAGCCCCGAAGAGGCGCCUCACGAGCCAAUAGUGUUCGAUUCGACGAGAGCGCAAUUCAUGGGAAGAACAUUGGGAGGUCUCCCUAUGACCGAGCGAUCCUCGUCUUGUCGAUCGGAUGGCCGAAUCAGCACUUCGGGGCUGUCGAUGCAAUCUACGAGGAGCAACAGUCUGCGCCUCGAUACGAGCAGUCGCAUGAUGGACUCCUCUCUAACGUCAUUCGUUGUUGGCUAACCAUGAACUUUACCAACGAGACUCUGUUAUAUGCUGCGGUCUGCUCGGGGUCUUUUGUCUCGUCGCUGGGCUCGAGCUUGAUUCAUAAGCUCUCGUUGGAGGACCAGGUCUUUCGCGAUGGCGAUGGCCGUUCCUCGAUCAAAUUGAACAUGUGGCUGCCUGAGGCGAGCGUGCACGCAUCGUCAUCUGGUUCAAGUAGUCCCAACCCUCAGGUUCCAUCCCUGACAGUACACUUUCUAGUGCACGAUACUCAUUCCGGAGAUGAGUCUAUCCAGAUCAUACUAGGUAUUGACGUGCUGCGUUGCCACAACGCGGAUAUCAUGUUCUCUCAGGAUAAGAUGACGCUGGUUGAUGAGAAUCGAAGUCGCAUCUCAGUGCCUCUUGUGCGCCCUGAAAAAGACUGGGUCUUCAAGCUUCUGCGCACCGCUCCCGACACCACCAACCCCGAGUACCCACAGAAGUCCCUGACUCGUCGACAAAGCUCCGUCGGCAUCAUAGGACAAGGCUCGCCUGGGUUCAAGUACCCUGUCUCCGCUCCUGCCUCUAUACGUGCCUCGGUGGGAGAAGCUGAUGCGAAAAGACCUGUUCUAGCGCUUAAUCCUACUGACUCUGGGGAGGUGACUGAUAUGCCUGGCCCCAACGCGACGGAGCCAAAAACAGAGGCCUCAAAUGUACAGGCGUCGUGGCGCCGAGGGCCAAGGUCUGAGCCCAGUAACGGAAGCAAACCCAAAGCUAGACCUAUGACCGUCCUGAAACCCAUGAAGUCUAUGACCCGUGUCAGCUCUGGUGUCAUGACACCUUCGAGUCAAGCGGGAGAGGCUCCUCAUUUGGAGAAUUCGCCAUGGACAGCGCGUCCAGUCGGCGACGGUUCUGCCAAAAUGCCCUCUAAAAAUCCUGCUGGCGACGCCACGGCUUUCCCAUGGCUCAACUCUUACAAACCGACAGGUUGA